GUCCGCCCCUUUAAGGGGGCGGAGCCACUGCUGUGGCGGCGGCUUCGAACGCGGCCUGGGGCAUUAGCCCCUAGGCUCCUGGAGCCCCACUCUCUGCCUCGGUUGCGGGCGUAAAGACGCUUCCCCCAGACCCUGUUUCCGGAGCACCGUCGACCACAGUCGCACCCUUACACCUGGGUCAAGUUGGAGGCGACCUUCCUCGAGUCUGAAUCAACCGGGCCUGUCCUACGACCCGAGUCCACCGCCGUCGUCAUGGCUUGCAGUUUACGGAAGCUAUUUGCUGUAGAAGAGGAGUUUGAAGACGAGGAUUUCUUGUCUGCUGUGGAGGAUGCAGAGAACCACUUUACUGGGGUACUGCCUGGAAACGCUGGGCGUCUGAGACCUGUCUCUUCCAGGCCACAGGAGACUGUACAGGAACAGUCCUCAAAGCCACUUCCAUUACACCGCACUGCUCCUUCAGCCCUGGGACUCCGCCUCCCUACCCCCAUCAUACCCCAGACCAUUAGGGACCUACCUUCUGCAGGAGCAGCAUCUCUAAGGCCUGUCUCAUUUUCCAGUAGUUGGACAGGCAGUUGGCAAAGAAAGACACUGACAGAAGUGUGCCAAGAACCAGCAGGACCCCAGUCCUCAGUACCAUACUCUGGACUCAUCUUUGAGAGCCAUCAGCAGGGCACUGGUGGCAUUGAGGUGCCUGAACAAGAUGAAUUUGACAAAGCCCUGGCAGGCAUGGAGCUGGAGGGAACUGGCAUGGAGCUAGGACUUGGAGUUGACAGCAGGACCACCCAAAUCCUACCUGCUCAGCAGCAGGAAGACCCAGUAUCUGUGAAAAAGGCCCGUGUAGCUGAUCUGAGUGGAUCUUUCCAGAAGGGGCCUAUGCUUAUCACCCACACAGUAGGCAUCACACAGGAUGAGCCUCUAGAACCAGCUACCCACUGUAGAACUCUACGGCCCCGCUUGAGACCUGGAUCCUCAGGCCUUCUUGUCCCAGCCACCUCAGCAUUUCCCACUCAGCAAUUUCACUGGGAAGUCAGCCCCAGAAAUGGCCCUGUUCGUAAACCCCAGCCUCGCCAAACUACUGGGGGCAGCCCUCGGAAUCGUUUGCCUGGUCAGCCACUUCAGUCUCCCAGUGCUUGGCUAAGUGGAAAACCUUGUUUUCCUGGACCUGGAACUCCCAGUUGCAACUCUGUAGUAUUUCCUCAGGGGUCCUUGCAAUCCCAAGCCCCAGUAUCUUCUGUUGACUCUCCUGUCAGCACCCCCAAAGGUCCCCAUUCCACCCUGGUUCCCCAGGGAGCUCUGCAGACACCUAUAGUCACCAACCACCUGCUACAACUGGUUACUGCUGCCAGUAGGACACCCCAACAGCCCAUUCGUCCCUCCAUCCGAGCCAAAACCCGUCGCUUCCCAGGCCCAGCAGGACUCUUGCCCCACCAGCAUAGUGGGAAGAAUCUAGAGGAGAUCAUGGUUUCCACACCACAGACUCCGACUCAUGGUGCUCUGGCUAAAUUCCAGACUGAGGUCAUUGCUAGUUCCCAGGGAUCUGUGGAGGAGGAUUUUGGACGAGGGCCCUGGCUCACCAUGAAAUCUGCUCUGGGCCUGGAUGAGAGAGACCCCACCUGCUUCCUCUAUACCUACAGCAUUGUCAUGGUGCUGCGGAAGGCAGCCCUGAAGCAGCUCCCCAGGAACAAAGUCCCCAACAUGGCAGUGAUGAUCAAGUCCCUGACACGGAGCACAAUGGAUGCCAGCGUGGUUUUUAAGGACCCCACGGGAGAGAUGCUUGGUACAGUGCACAGGAUGCUGUUGGAGACAUGCCAGAAUGAGCUGAAGCCUGGCUCAGUGCUGCUGCUAAAACAGAUUGGAGUGUUUUCUCCUUCACUCAGAAACCACUAUCUCAAUGUGACACCCAAAAACCUGGUCCAUAUUUACAGCCCAGAUUCUGGGGACGGGAACUUCCUCAAGUCAUCUCAGCCCUUGCCCAAGGAUCCAGGAAGCUUCUUUGGCAGUCACCAGUCUGAUGUGGACACAGAGCCUACACAGGGCCUCAGGACAGAACAGAACCCAGAGGACGGGGUAUCCCUUGAGGAAGAACUUCCAGAGGGAGAUGACCUGGAUGGGCUCCUGAGUGAGCUCCCUGAGGACUUCUUCUGUGAACCCAGCAGUUGGGGCUGUCUCAAGACAGGGCAUCCACCAUAAACUGGCAGCCUCUACUAGACAAGGUUCUAGAUGCAUAUGGUUGAUCCCAUCCGAGGAAGAGAAGGCCAGCAUGACUGGGGAUUACACAGACUCGGCCUCUGAUGCCUUCUACAUGGCUGAUUCCUGAGCUCCCCAUCUCAGAUUGGAUUGUGUGUUUUUAUGGCUUGAGAACUUCGUUUGGCAUGGGCAUCCCAGAAAUCCUGUCUAGCUCUACUGUUCUUGGAGCCCUCCACUGCAUCAUUCCUACUCCAGCCAAUGUGACACUCCCACCUCAGCUUAACUUUAGAGAUGUUGGGUCUGGUUUCCUUGUCCCUUUAUUCCUUAGUCCCCAGACAGCAGAGGCGCCCAGAGGAGCCACAACACAGCAAAGACAGCCUGAAGCCUGUAGCUGACCCUGAGGCCUGUAGCUGAAUGCAGGCUAUUGCACCUGGUUCUAAAAUAAAGCAGCUCCGCUUUAUCUCCUGCCCCCUCCUUCCCACCUCUGUUCUAUGCUUGCUGAUAGGGCAGCCAGGACUCUGGCAGAGCAAGGAGCUCUGACUCUUUUUGUCUUUCGCUCUCUUUCUCAUUCUUUCAUGCAUGUAUAUGUGAGCGUAUAUGGAUGUGUGAGGAUGCAUGUGCAUUUUUAAGUGUGUAUGUGUAGAGGGCAGAGGACAACAACAAAAAACAAAAACAGGGCUAGGCUCAGUGGGUAAAGUUCAGGCCUGAAUUUGGAUCUCCACCAUCCAUGUAAAAGCUGAAUGUGGUGGUAGGCAUCUAUAACCCUGACAUUGGGGUAGAGAUAGGUAGAACUGGGGGUUCAGUGAGACCCAGUCUCAAAAAAUAAAGUGGAAAAGCAUUUGAGGACGACAUCCUGAUGUCAACCUCUGGUUGCACAUGUACCCACACAGACAUACCCCCUACUCACACCCCCCAACAACACAGAGUUCCCUGAUGUGCCACACCCAAUUUCUUCUGCUAUCAGCAUCUUGCAUUGCUAAUUAAUUUGAUCCAUUUACCACUUUUUCUUAAGAAACGAUCAUACCACCGUGUAUCCAGGCUGGCCUGGACUUUGCUCAUACCCAGUCUGAUCUUGAACUCAUGGUCUUCCUGCCUCUGACUCCCAGUGCUGGUAUUAUAGGCCUAUGCCAUGAAUGAAGCCUGGCCCCAUUUGUCUCAAUGAACUGAUAUUACUGUGUUUUCAUUAGGUAUACUCCAGACUUUUCUCAGGUUUGUUCAGUUUGCCUCUGGGCCUCUCCCCCAGGAUCCCACAUUGUAUUUCACCCUCAUGUUUCUUUAGGCUCCUCUUGCAGCCUCUCAGACUUCCCUUGGUUUUGAUGGCCUCAAUUCU